AUGGAACAACAACAAGAUGACUUCUCAAACGUCUCGUGGAGCGAGCACGUCCAUGAUCAACAGACUCGCGCGGUACCGCCCGCUGAGGAACCUGGGCAUGAUAUGAAUGCGCCUGGUACUGGUCUUGAAAGAGAUGCUCCGUCUUUGGGCAAUGAGAAGCUGGAGUGUACUGUUGAUACGCCUAUUAAGGAAAAUGAUGGCACCAAGGAUGCCUUUGUCUCCUACCUCAUCACCACAAACUCUACCUUCUCCUCCUUCGCACGCUCAACUACCACCGUCCGCCGUCGCUUCACAGACUUUGUCUUCCUCUACAAACAGCUCACCAAAGAAUACCCCGCCGCCGCCGUCCCUCCUCUGCCCGAUAAGCAGCGCAUGGAGUACGUCCGCGGCGAUCGCUUCGGCUCUGAUUUUACCGCUCGCCGCGCCCACUCUCUCCAGCGCUUCCUGAUCCGUCUGUCCCUGCACCCUACGCUCCGCCGUGCCCCGAUCUUGCACACUUUCCUCGAAAGCCCUGACUGGAACGCUACCAUGCGCACUCGUGGUUCGCGCGUGAGCUCUGCUAGCGAUCCUGGAUCUGCGGGUGUAUUUGAUAACUUUGCGGAUACCUUUAUCAAUGCUUUUACCAAGCUGCAUCGUCCGGAUCGUCGCUUUUUGGAGGUCAAGGAGAAGAGUGAUAAGCUUGAUGAUGACCUUGGACAUAUUGAAAAGGUUAUCGCUCGGGUCGCUCGGCGUGAGACAGAUUUGGAGGUGGAUUUGCGAGACCUGGCAGAGCAGUUCCAAAAGCUCAUCCCUCUUGAGCCCCACGUUGAGCCUGCGGUCCACGGCUUCUCUGCAUCCAUCGAGGACACAGCGAGUCACCUGCGAAAAUUAAAGGACAUUACCGACCAAGACUACCUCGGAUCUCUACGAGACAUGCAAGCCUACUCCAUCGCCCUCAAGAACCUUCUCAAGGCCCGCGAGCAAAAGCAGCUCGACUACGAACAACUUACCGAAUACCUCAACAAGUCAACAACAGAGCGCGACACCCUUCAAUCCGGCCACGGCGGCGGUUCCGGUGCAGGAAGCUUCCUCCGCGCCAAGAUCGAAGACGUCCGCGGCGUAGACCACGAGCAAGCCCGCCGCGAACGCACCCGCAAGCUAGAACUCCGCGUCGAAGAGCUGACCCACGAGGUCGAAAGCGCACGCAAGACGAGCGACAUGUUCGAUGACGAAGUAGUCAAGGAAGUAGCCGAUUUUGAGCGCAUCAAGAGGAUCGAGAUGAAGUCGCAGCUGGGUGGGCUUGCGGAUGCGCAUAUUGAGUUUUAUGGCGAGGUGGCGAGCAUCUGGGAGAGAUAUGUAGAGGAGAUGGAGAAGGAGGGUAUUACGAGCGCUUAG